UGUUACCAGUCGGUGACAUAAUGUCGCAGCUUUUAUGAAACGAGACAUGCGAAAAGCCACUACCAAGAUUUUAUGAAACUCGUAUCUUUGGUUUUAAAGAAAGUUGUGCCGUAAGAAUUGUUUGGUAUUUGAAGCAAGGACCAAUUCCUAUUUUUGAAGACUCUGCACCAAUUGGAACCAACUCUUAAGAACUUUUGUUGGCGAUUCUAGUCGAUUUCUUUUUCAACUCUAAAUAUUGCCGUUCUUUUUUGGUUUUUGGCUUGUCAUUGCAAAAAUGAAGAAUAAAUACAGUCCUGUUUCAGACUCUGACGAGUCUUUCAAAACGCUCAUUGAUGAGAAAUCAGAUAUACAUUCUUCAGAGGGUACGCCUCCUCCGUAUUCAGCUCCGAACAAAUUUAUUGAUUUAGAAAUGGCUGAUGGAUCUGCUCAGCAUUCUGCCCAAGAGUCCACUAACAACGCUGGGUCGGAUUCGAGAUAUUCGAAGUGGAUUCGAAUAGCUAUCUUCUUUUUUUUUGCAUCUGUUGUGUAUGUUGUAACUUAUUCUAUUUUUCUCGUGGUGUUUUUUUAUUUCAAGAUUCCUGUGAGGACGGAAACCUUUUGGGGACUUUCGGUUACCUGUCCAGCAUCCAUUGUAGUAUUUCUCUAUUCAAUGUCUCAAAUUCCUAAAGAAUGGUUCACGCAAAUUGGUAGAGUGCUGUCCAACAUGUGUGCCGCAGUAUUAUGUACGGCCUCUCUGAAUGUCCCUUGUUAUUCCGUGUAUUAUUUUGUAAAGAAGGUAAUAGGAUUUGAAAAGAUGGACAAAGGGUUUUUCUAUUUUGUUUGCAUUGUUAACGUUGCCGUGUUUGUUUUAUUUUGGAGAUAUCCAGAUGCGCGACAACUUCGAAUAUUUAUUGCUGAUUUAGGAAAUGCUGCGAAUUACUUUCGACCGACAGAUCCAGAAAAUGAAGCACCUCAUAACGAGGAAAUCGAGCUUCAACCUUUUGCUGGGCAAAGCGCUGAAGUUUGAGUUUUAACGAAUCUUUUCCAUCCCUCCUAUAAAUCACAUUUUCCUUGGAAACAUUCAUAUCAAUUGCGAUCCCUCGAGUUUCUGCAUUCUUGUCCACAAAAGUAAGCAUAGCUUCAUUCGGCAGGUUGGAUUGCUUUUCACGUUCACUCUUUUAUGGAUCUAAGAAUUCGUCUCGCAAUAGUGUUAUUUAUGAAUCUUUCAAUCUCUUUGUGACGAACAUCCUUGUUAAAGCAACCUUUUUAAUGAUUAUUUAAUUGUUAUGAUGUUAAUUUUGCAAAAUAAUCAACCGAUUUCUAAUUCAAAGCUGGACAUAUUCAGAUUGGCCGUUUCAACUAAUGUAGUUUAAUAAUUUACUUCUCAAACUACAGCUUCGUCAACUGCUAUAAAUUCAGACAUUCAGUCUCAUACCUCAACGACAAUUUAGCACAAUGUGAAUAGCUAGAAAAGAGAAAAACAGUGUGCUUUAAUCUUUUAAGUAUCAAAACCAUCCUCUAUCAACUUUGUAAAAUCUGAGAUGAUGAAUACCCACUACAAAUACAAAUACCUUUAGUUACACGUUCUGAAUGUCUACGGCCACACCUAGGCGAAAACACCAGUUCCCGUCCGAUCACUGCAGUUAAGCGUCUGAGGGUCUCGUUAGUACUAUGGUUGGAGACAACAUGGGAAUCCGGGAUGCUGUAGGCUUUUCCUUUACUUUUUUGUAUUAUUCCUUUUUUAAUCAUCGAUAUUUCGACGAACGGCUAGAGAAAUGCCGUGUUGCUUUUUGCUUAUUAUCUGCAAUAACAUGCUGAAUUAGCAUUACUUUUUUUAUGCACACUGUCUCGCAGCCGGGUUAUUACGGUUUGUUAUUGUUAAAAGCUGAAUGUAUGCGUUAAGAGGGGUAUAAAUUGUUUAUAUAUAUGUUGGAUUCUAUGCAGAAAGCUUUUUUUAGUAUCUUGAGAGACCAAUGACUUGAUUAGCUAAAUAAUGUGCUAACUUGGUUUUAAAAGGCCGGAUAAGUCAAAUCUUCCAAUUUGGAAUAUUCAUACUUUUGGUUAGACAUAUUUAUAGAUUUUCAAUUUCAUUUUAUUUUGAUAUAAUUUUUUGUUUAGUACUUAUUUCG